GGCCCAGUUGUUCGAGUCGGACCGAACCGUUACAGCGUCAGUCAACCGAAAGAUAUCAAGACCAUCUACGAGCUCGGGGGCAAGUUUACCAAGAGCGACUAUUACAAGCCGCUGCUCAACCCCAACCCCGAGGAGCAAAACAUCUUUCCCAUCCAGGACAAUGAACGACACAAGGAAAGACGACGAAGAAUCUCGCCCCUGUACACCAUAUCAUCCAUGGUAUCUUACGAACCUGCUGUCGAUGACAUAACUGCUGUCUGCAUGCGAAAGCUAUAUCAGUUUGCCGAAGAAGGCCGUCUCCUUGAUAUCCCGCACUGGAUGCAGUACUACGCCUUUAAUAUCAUUGGCGAAAUUACUGUGAGUUACUUGCAUCGCUGCUAG